ACAUUGAUCUGCUUUAGUGUGACUCAGCUUCAGCCAUGGCAGACUGUCUUCAUCCUACUCUGCUGAUGAAUGAUGGCAACAAGAUCCCAGUUAUUGGGUUUGGGACGUACGCUCCAGAAUAUAUCCCGGUUUCCCUCAGUGAAGAAGCCACUGAAGUUGCCAUUGAGGUUGGCUACCGCCACAUAGAUGGAGCACACUUGUAUCAGAAUGAGAAAGAGGUGGGUCGUGCCAUCCAGAAGAAGAUCGCUGAUGGGACCGUGAAAAGGGAAGAUCUCUUUUACACAGGAAAGUUAUGGUCCACGUUUCACUCACCAGAGCUGGUAGAACCUAAUGUGAAGCAUUCACUGGAAACCCUCCAACUGGAUUAUAUGGACCUCUUCCUCAUCCACUGGCCCUUUUCACUUAAGCCCGGAGGAGAUCUGAUCCCCAUGGAUGAAAAUGGAAAACCUCAACUCGAUACCACAACAGACCUGUGCGCUUUAUGGGAGGCCAUAGAGAAGUGUAAGGACGCUGGGCUGGUAAAAUCUAUUGGAGUCUCCAACUUUAACCGUCGGCAGCUGGAGAAGAUUUUCAACAAGCCUGGACUGAAGUAUAAGCCAGUGUGCAACCAGGUUGAAUGUCAACCAUACCUGAAUCAGAGCAAAUUGUUGGAGUUCUGCAAGUCACAUGACAUCUUGCUUACUGCGUACAGUGUCCUGGGCUCACACAGACACAAGGAUUGGGUGGAUCAGAACUCUCCAGUACUACUGGAAGAUCCGCUUUUAGCUAAAAUAGGCAAGAAGUACAAUAAGACCCCGGCGAACAUCGCUAUUCGCUACCAGAUCCAGCGUGGAGUGGUGGCCAUCACCAAAAGUUAUAACCCGGACAGAAUUAAGGAAAAUUUCAAGGUCUUUGACUUUGAGCUGACACCUGAAGACAUGAAAGCUAUUGACGGGUUAAACAAGAACCUUCGUUAUGUGGAUAUUCCACUAUUUGCUGCUCAUCCGGAGUACCCCCUGCAUGAUGAAUAUUAGGGGACAUUUUGAAGUAAUAUC